UGUCGACAGAGCUACUGUUCCUAGUGGUGGAAGAAGAAGAAGAAGAUGCUGUGCCGAAUACUCUUCAUCUACUUGCAAUGCAACGCUGUCUGGGCGUCAGUGCGAGAACGUUGGCAUUACUACAUCCCACAAUGCUACGUACCAGGACCACAGCCAAUCAUUCCACGUGAAUGGGGCCAAGAGUGGAGCUCCUGCAACGGGCCCGUCCAGUCUCCGGUUCUGUUGCUGCCCCACAAAUCGGUGGGAAUCAGCGUGCCAGAGUUGCACUUCCGGUUGUUCUCCUCUCCGAUUGCAAAUCCAGUCGUCAUCAACACGGGAAGGACAGUCCGCUUGAAAUCCAGCAUGCCCAAGCCAUUAGUGACAGGCAGCAUCCUAACGGAGGAGUACAUCUUCGAACAGGCUGAGUUUCACUGGGGCAAAGAUGACCACGCAGGCAGCGAACAUAUCAUCGACGGUAUGAGCUAUGCCAUGGAGGCGGAGCUGCUCUUUCGAAUCCGGAAUCCUUCUGCUCGCGUUGACUGUAAAAUCUGUCCGCCGGCUUACGUUGGAUUUUCUACGCAUUUCAAGACGUCCCGUCGCCGCAACCCGCACCUGGACCCCCUCAUUGGAGCCCUGAGUUCUGUGCCGUACGCUCACGACGCGUAUCAGUUGGUGAUGCCCCUCAGAUUGAACGCCUUCAUUCCAAACGACACUUCGGAAUACUACCUGUACGAAGGGUCACGCACCGUACCACCGUGCUCCGAGAACGUGCUAUGGUUCGUCUUCAGGAAACCCAUCAGCAUUAGUAAAGAACAGAUGAAACCGUUCCGACGGCUUUAUGCUUUCGAAAAAGACAUCGAAUGUAACCAGCACCUUGUGUCCAAUAUGCGACCUCUUCAAGAAAUUGGCAAGUCGCGAGUUCUCUACAGAACUUUCACCAAUUCUGCCUCUCGGCCUUUGUCCUUCUGUAUCUAUUGCGUUACCCUGGGCCUCUCUCUCGUUACAACUCUUAGUACAAUUUAGGAUACAAUUCAAGAACAAUAAAAUUUGUGAAAUGCA